AUGGUGGUGCCUACAGCUUCUGAGCUCCCUGAACCGUCUCAGGGAGUGGCUCUCAAGCAUAUCGCGCUUGGCUUUGGUAUUCAAAACUACACCUGCGCCGAUACCGAUACCACUCCUAAAUCUGUCGGUGCUCUAGCUGUCCUUUACGAUGUCACUCAUCUCUACCCCGGACAAAGCCACUCAUCUCUGACACAAGCCGAAUGGGCUUCGCUCCCAGGUGAGGUUCUAAACACGCUGAAAGUUCCUCUGGAUCUCAAUGAAAAUGGUAUCGGAGCCUCCCCCAUCAGACCGUUUCCCAAGAAACAGGAUCUCAAGAAAAUUGACGGCAUCAAAGCUCCUGAUUCUUCCCCGUCUGGACCCGAUGGCACUGGUGCUGUGGACUGGCUCUUCCUUGGUGAUGCUGGCGGCAGCCACGGAAUUUCUUUUGUCUACCGUGUUCUGACAGCCAGCGGUGCUUCUCACGAAUGCAAGACGAAAGGAGUUGAUAGCACUUCCUACGCAGCCAUGUAUUGGUUUUACAAUUAA